AUGGCAAGCCCGCCAGGCCAACAGCCGACAGCCAGGCACUUCCACAAUCAGCCUGAGCUGCAGACUGGCGGCUACGGUCUUAUGCUGAAGUGGAUCUUGUUCGUGUGGCUCGCAAGUUGCGGUCCGUUGGGCAACACUGUCAAGCAAGAUGGUGGUUGCACGUUCCCUUCACGCUGGCACGGCCGCUGGUUCCAAUCGGGGGUCAUCCAGCCCAUCAUCAUCGAGGGCGACCGCCUCUCCAACAAAGGCAAAUGCGUCUCAUCUGAAGGCGACAAGUUCCUCAUAGUUGACGAAAAAGGCUGUUACCGAUGUGUUGUGAUGCACGAGAAACACAAAAAUGUUCUACAGUAUAAAGAAACUUUUUGCUACCGAAGAGAUGCGUUGCCUCACCUGUGUACACUCAUCACCGGCGAUGCCCUCCUGUACUCCAUGUUCAGGGAGAACGCUGACUCCGUGGCCUGCCCUCUCAAGGGGCCAUUCUCCUUCACUUACAACAGGGGCCACGGUGACUGCAAAAGUCCAGUAUCCUCCAUCGAGAGCUGCACAGAAGACUCGCGGCUACUGCUCAACUACCAGGCCUGCCCCGAUGUCCACGGAUCGGAAAGCACAGUGGAAGAGCUGGAGUGCCUGGCGACGUGGAAGGAGGGUAGCCUGCGAUUCCUGGUCGGGAAACUACACCACAACCACGCCACUAGCAACGAGGACCGUUACCGGUGUUUCGUCUACGAGAAGACAAAUGGUAUUGCCUCAGGCAAUGGCGCCAAAGAAGGUCCCAACAACACCGGCGGGGUCGAGUACAGGGUGGCUCAGUCUGGUGACGCCACGUGUAAUGGACUGUUCAGUGCAACAGAAGGAUCUAGAACAAUGGCCCUGAAGAGAGUGUCAGUCCGUUUCAACUGUCAGUUUCCAUCAUGGAUGACGUUCUCGCACACGUGGCAUACUUUGGACUUCAGCAGCAACUACACAUUCUACCAGCGGAACGCGACACUCCGCAUCACGAACCAGACCGGAGCGGAUAUCAAAGUGUACUGCGUUAAUGUGAAGGCGAGCUCGCCCAGCGGCAACUCUGUUGCACUAGUCGCACACUGGCAACACCACUGUGUGUCGCGCUACGUGUGCGUGGUGCUGUACCGGCGCGACUCGCACAUCGCGGAGCUGCAGCGCGGCGCGCCCACCGCCCGCCCCGACGACGCCUGCUCGCCGCACCACUUCAACGCCGUCAGCGCGCCCUACGUCACGCUAGUCGCGAGCAAUCCAGAAUCGAAAGAGUGCCCUUACUCCGGCAAAUACAGUAUACAAAACAACCGCCUUCAAAGGAUCACGAGAUCUGCAGAAAGGAUACGUAGGAAUAAGCGAGAGAAAACACUCUCUGAACAUAAUCGUAGGUUAAACAGUACUAGGAUGUUCAAUUUUAGCGUAAGGAACAUGUCCCAAGCUCCAAUACUGAGGAGUAGGAGACAAGUGGAGAACGACAUGGCCUGUACGGUCAGCAGUUACAGUAGACUAGAGGUCGGUUGCAAUUCAGUGAAGAAUAUGGAGUUCUAUUCAAAUUGCGAGAAUAAGGAGCUGAUGACAGCGUACACGUGCCACGGCGGUUGGUACGAGAACGGCGUCUCGUUCGUGGUGACGACGCCGGUGACGCGCGACAGCACGGCCGCGCGCCGCUACUGCUUCGUGUCGCGCGAGACGCUCGGCGCCGCGCUCAGCGUCGCGCGCUCCUCCGACAACUGCGAGCGCGCGCCGCAGCCCGACCACGCGCUACUCUUCGCCGCCACCGCCACCGGCGAGUGUCAAGAUCAAACCAACGACCAGCCGGUGCUAAGGAUACAGUCACCGCUAAUGAUAUUAACUACAAUCGUAACACUUAACCACAUCAUCCCCAGAUGA